AUGGGGCGAGCGAGUGGAGGAGAAGAAGAAGUGACGGGUUCCAGGGGAAAUUUUGGACGCAAAUGGUUUACGGACUGCGCUUGUUGUGAUCUGAAACAUCCUGCGAACUGGAUCCUGUUCUGGAUGGAGUUGGCGUGGGGGGAGAUAGGGAGGGGAGGGGGGAAGGGAGGAGGGGGGGUGCUACAUUUAAAGCAGUUUCUUAGCAACCGUUGGCGAGGGGAAGCAGAGCUGGAAGUUCUACUGCAGGAGAUCACCAGGAGGAGGGAUGUCCUCUUCAGCAGCCUCUGUGCAGGAUGCAACAACACCAACAAAAAGGAGGCCUGGAAGGAGGUCUGGAGAGCAGUGGAUGCAGAUUCAGGAGAGGGGCGCACAAUAGAGGAGGUGAAAAAGAAAUGGUUCGACCUUAAAUGCGAAACAAAAAAAAACAUUGCAAAGUUCCAUCGGCAAAUGCAACUGACCGGAGAGGCGACCCCCCUGUCCGAGCUGGACCAGCGCAUCGGGGCCAUCAUCGGGGAGACGCCACUCUCCGGAGUACCAUUCACUCUUGACACAAACCGGGGCAUCAAUGCAGAGCUGCCCCCCCCUUCCUGGGCCGCUGCUAUUAUGGAUGAAUCAGAAGUCCUGCAGAGCCAAAUCAAAACAGAACCAGAACUAGAAUGGACGGAGCCCUCCUGCAGCAGCACAUCCACACGAGCCCCUCCCUCUCCACCACCACGCUUGAUGUCGGACGUGGAACUGAACAACCAGGAACGGAUCGCAGACACGCUGGAGAAGAUCGCUGCAUCACUGGAUACCAUUUCAAAAACUCUUUACGAUAUGAAUAAGAAUUUAAAAAGAAAAUGA